AUGAAGAGCAAACGGGCCACGAAACUCGGCGAAGGCGCGCCUGCGGGCUCCAAGUUCGGCAAUGCGACAGAGGUCAAAGCCGGCAGCAACUGGAAGUCGCUCAAGAAGACUCUCGCUGCAGAGAACCCGUCCGCUGCGACCAAGCCAACCGCCUCUUUGAGAGCGACAAAGCACAUACCUGCGGGACCGCCGGCGAAGACGAGCACGGAAAAGUGGGGCGGUACCGCUCUCGCCAAGGCUGGUGAUCCGACGGGCAACGGCAAGGCCGUGGCCACCACGUCGGCCUCCGGCGCCUCCACCUCGUCCCGCCCUUGGUUCGCAGACGACCUCAAGGCCGAGGACCUGGCGCUGGCGACGUCGAUCACGCGCGACAUCACGGCGCGCUCGAUGCACUGGGAAGGCAUCAUGGAUCCAGCCCUGAAGCGGCAGAUCAUCCUCGAAGGACCCGUCAAGGACGCCAUCCAGAUGAAGAAGAAAGAGGCAAGCUACAUCGCAGUCGACUGCGAAAUGGUCGGCGUCGGGCCAAAGGGGAGCGAGUCGCACCUGGCCCGGGUAUCGCUGGUCGACUUCCACGGCAACCUGGUGCUGGACCGCUACGUGCGGCCCAUGGAAAAGGUGACCGACUACCGCACCUGGGUGUCUGGCAUCCGGCCGAGGCACCUGCGCGACGCGCCGCCGUUUUCCGAGGUGCAGGCCGAGGUGGCUCGGCUGAUCAAGGGCAAGGUGCUCGUCGGCCACGCCAUCCAGAACGACCUCAAGGCGCUGAUGCUGUCGCACCCGCACGCCCUUAUCCGCGAUACGGCCGCGUACCAGGGCCUGCGCGACAUUGCGCAGAGCAAGAUGCCCUCGCUGCGCAAGCUGGCCAAGCUCGUGCUCGGCAUCGAUAUCCAGGUCAAGGGCCAGCCGCACUCGAGCGUAGAGGAUGCCAGGGCCACCAUGGCCGUCUUCCGGACGCAAAAGGUCAAGUGGGACGAGUCGCUCCGAGGUCGCAAGGGUCGCAGUGGCAGCGGCACCGCCGUCGUCGAUCACGACGCCACAUCGGCAGUCACCGACGCCAAUGCCGAUGCCGGUGCGGGCGGCUCGGCGAUCCAGCGCAUGGCGGGCAAGUUUGCCUCGCGGAUAUGGCAGCCCCCAUCCCCCUCCACCUCUGCUGCAUCCGAGGAUCCAAAGUGGGGCAGGGCAGCGAUGACGGGGGCGGCAGGGACCAAGAGGAAGGUCGAAGCCGGCGCCAGCGGCGGCGGUGGUGGUGGUGGUGGUGGAGGCGGCGUCAAGAGAGUCAAGACGGUCAUGCCCCAGGCCUCGGGUCCGGCCAAGCCAAGGCCAAAAGUGGCGGCCAAGUCGGACUGGUGGAAAGACGACUUCUGA